AUGAUUUUAGGAACUCUGCAGCGGCGUUUUCCCGUGUUUCGGUGUCAUCCCUGUCGGUAGAGAAGAUGAAGUUUAUCUUUGCCUGCGCUAGCUUUGAGAGGUCUAAUUUGGUUUUAGAAGCUGCUCUAAUUCUAGCACGGGUGUCCAUGUCCUCAUGUCCUGUAGAGUCAGUUCUCUGUUCGUUGUUGCAUGGGCAUGUCUAGCUCAGAUAUGGCUGUGCAAGAACGACGUGUACGCGAUGGAUAGCUUGCCAACCUACCCCCAGCAUCCAGGCAAGAUGUUUGGUGGUGUCCGGGGGACUCUCGGUCACAUCUGGGGGAGGGUCCCGGUUCAACACUUUCGGUCGGUCCAAUGCUGCCCCGUAGCUUAGACUGCGACGUUAAUUCGCAUGUUGUUUUCUUCCAUGGCUAGUUUAUUGCGUCACAUAGUAACAGCAGCUAGUUUUCCGGUAAUCUGGCGGCUCAGGGAGUCAGGGAGAUCGACCGCAAAAAAGUCGUACUGGUGAUCUACAUAUUCUCAGCGUGAUCGAUCUCUGAGAUUGAUGUGUCCGUGUGUCACAAUCGUGUAGGACGUACUGGCCGGUCCGCCUAUAGCCGGUCGUACAUGUUCGGUUUCCACACGAGUCCGUCUAGGACCACACAUUCUCAUCUUGGUCUCCGGGCUCAUAUCUGUAACGAAAAACCUUUUGGAAUUAGCGAUAUGUCAUAAUGUCAAACCAAGCAGAGCCAGCGACGGAGGCCGAUCGUACGUUCGUACCCUGCUUGUCCAAGCCGAUUAGUUAUUGACUGAUUUAUUCCGGUUUUGAUGUACUGUACUGUACCAGGGGAGACUGUAAGAUUUUUUUUUUUACUCCUACUUUUCAGUCAAGGAGGAAGAAGUGUCGAAUUUUGACAAGAAAAGACAACUGUUAUUAUUUUUCUUUUUCAUUUUUCCCAUUGCCGACGGCGAUGUGCUUAUUGGCGGUACACUGAACCUUCACGAACAGUGGAGACGAAAACGGCCGUCACCGUCCCGUCGCCGUCAUCCGGCCGGCGGCGUGCUCUGCCGCUCCACUGGCAUGCACCCACAGUAGCACACCCCGGCGCGCAUGCGGGAAAGGAGAAUAUCGUAGCCAACGUGCAUUCCGGCCUCGUGCUUCCCCUUACUCGCGCGCGUCUCUAUAAAUCGAGCACCGGUCGCGCCGUGCCGAGCUGAGCCAAAAUCGAGCCCGAAACUCCGGAAGCGUACGGGAGAAAAACUUGUUGUUUGCGUUUAGCGAGCUGUGAACUGUUUUGAUGGUGCAUGCUGAACGCGUGUAGAGAAGUAGAGAGAAAUCCAGGUAAGAUUAACUGUAGGUAGGAUAGGUUGAUAUGGCCAGGAUCGCCAUACGGGAAUGCCCACCCGUGCUUCGGCCGAAUUGGCGUGUGAUCUGGUUUCGUGAACGGUAUGGAGUUCGGCAACGACGUCCGGAUCAGAAUGGACGGUGGUGUGUACGGGGAGAGCGAGCAAUCGUCCGGGGAAGCCGCUCUCCCGCGGCUGCUGAUCGAGGUCCCCUCGCAGGUCAUCGACGGCUUCGACUGCGUCGGCGGCGGUGGCGACGCCACGGCCACGGCCACGCUCAGCGAGCAGAGCAAGGAACUCGAAAUGCUGGGCGAGGAGAAGGACGUCGUGAUUAGCAUCCCGGCGCCGGUGUACGCUCCACGAUCCGUGUCGGUGUCGGCGGCGUACGAACACGAGGGCGCGCAGAUACCGUACUCCGUGUCGCUGAGCAUGCCGGCGUCGCCAUCGGGGUUCCACUUCUCGCAGUUCGGGAUGGCGGCGGCGAAGGCGAAGGCCGUCCACCGCGACGAGGCCCGCGUGGCGCCGGCGGAGACCAGGUUCGACGACGCGCACCCGCCGGCGGUGGGGCGAGUGCAGGCGCACUCCCCGCGGCUGCUGCUGAAUCAGACGCGGUUCCACUCGCAGCCCAUCCUGCACCUGUCCAAGAACGACGAGACGACGCGGCGGUGCGACAGCACGCGCGACAAGCGGUUCGACCAGUUCAAGACCUUCUCCGGCCGCCUCGAGCGGCAGCUCUCCACCCUGCGCGGCCGGCCGGCGCAGGAGCACAUGACCAACGGCGAGGGCGCCCCCGAGCCGAACAUCGCCGAGGAGGAGACGGAGCAGGUCCCCGGCGCCGACCGCUACUUCGACGCCCUGGAGGGCCCCGAGCUGGAGACGCUGAGGGCGACGGAGACGACGGUGCUGCCCAAGGACGAGAAGUGGCCGUUCCUGCUGCGGUUCCCGAUCAGCGCGUUCGGGAUGUGCCUCGGGGUGAGCAGCCAGGCGAUGCUGUGGAAGACGCUGGCGUCGGCGCCGCCGACGUCGUUCCUGCACGUCAGCCCGGUGGUGAACCACGUGCUGUGGUGGAUCUCGCUGGCGCUGAUGGGGUUCGUCUCCUUCAUCUACCUGCUCAAGGUCGUUUUCUACUUCGAGGCGGUGCGGCGGGAGUUCUACCACCCGAUCCGCGCCAACUUCUUCUUCGCGCCGUGGAUCGCCUGCCUCUUCCUCGUCCAGGGCGUGCCGCGGCCGGUGACGGAGGUGCACCACGGCGUCUGGUACGCGCUCAUGGCGCCCAUCUUCUGCCUGGAGCUCAAGAUCUACGGGCAGUGGAUGUCCGGCGGCCAGCGGCGGCUGUCCAAGGUGGCGAACCCGUCCAACCACCUCUCCAUCGUCGGAAACUUCGUCGGCGCGCUGCUCGGCGCCAAGAUGGGGCUCCGCGAGGGCCCCAUCUUCUACUUCGCCGUCGGCCUCGCCCACUACAUGGUCCUCUUCGUCACGCUCUACCAGCGCCUCCCCACCAAUGUCACCCUCCCCAAGGAGCUCCACCCCGUCUUCUUCCUCUUCGUCGCCGCCCCCAGCGUCGCCUCCAUGGCCUGGGCCAAGAUCCUCGGCGAGUUCGACUACGGCGCCCGCAUCGCCUACUUCAUCGCCCUCUUCCUCUACAUGUCACUGGCUGUGAGGAUCAACUUCUUCAGGGGAUUCCGAUUCUCGCUGGCGUGGUGGGCGUACACGUUCCCGAUGACCGGCGCGGCGAUCGCGACGAUCACGUACGCGACGGAGGUGACCAACGUGCUGACGAGGGCGCUCUCCAUCGGCCUCUCCGGCAUCGCCACCGUCACCGUCGCCGGCCUGCUGGUCACCACCAUGUUCCACGCCUUCGUGCUCAAGGACCUCUUCCCCAACGACGUCUCCAUCGCCAUCACCCGCAAGAAGCCCAAGUUCAGCAAGAUCCUCGCGCACUUCCGCUCAUCCAGCUCCGACAUGAAGGAGUAUGUGCUCUCCAUCUCCAAGCCGCCCAGCUCCGACUCCGACUCGUCGGUGUCGUCCAAGGCCACCACCGUGACCGAUCCGUCGGUGACCAGAGUCAAGGCGGAGCCCUAAAUCGACCCCAAGUAUAGCUAUCUCGUCGUUAGCUGUACAUAAAUUCUUUAAAUUAUGAUGUCUUGGGACAAAGAUCAUCGCCUUAAUAUGGUUGGACAUUACGAGUAGUUAGUAAUAUAAUAUAAUACGAUCACAUAUAGUAUAAUAUCCUUGGAGCAAGUUCGUGAUGAUGAGGAUAUAGAGGUCGAACGGGCAGUUUGUAAAUCUACGGAUGUGUGAGCUAUGUGAAUUAUAUUAUUAAUAAGAGAAUUAAUUUUGAUCAUU